CGCGCUGGGGGCUCGGGCGGAUGCUUUAGCUCCGCUGCUCAGUCCAGCCUGCGUGUACUCCAGCGUCUCGGCAGUGACCAUGCAGGAGCCCCUGCUAGGAUCCGAGGGUCUGGACUAUGACACCUUCCCCGAGGCGCCCGCGUCGCCGAGAGAAAGGACGCGGGCCGGGGUCUUGCAAAACAGAAGGGUGUUCCUGGCCACUUUUGCUGCUGUUCUGGGCAAUUUCAGCUUUGGGUAUGCCCUGGUCUACACGUCCCCAGUCAUUCCUGCGCUGAAGCUCUCUUCUGACCCAGAACUACACCUGGACAAAAAGCAGGCAUCCUGGUUUGGGUCCGUGUUCACCUUGGGUGCCGCAGCUGGGGGCCUCAGUGCUAUGGUACUCAAUGACCUCCUGGGCCGGAAGCUCAGCAUCAUGUUCUCGGCUGUCCCCUCAGUCAUUGGCUAUGCACUCAUGGCUGGUGCCCGUGGCCUCUGGAUGCUCCUGCUGGGGAGAAUGCUGACGGGCUUUGCCGGGGGACUCACUGCUGCCUGCAUCCCGGUAUACGUGUCUGAGAUUGCACCCCCUGGUGUUCGUGGAGCUCUUGGGGCCACACCGCAGCUCAUGUCCGUGUUUGGAUCCCUGUCUCUCUAUGCCCUCGGUCUUUUGCUACCUUGGAGGUGGCUUGCUGUGGCCGGGGAAGGGCCCGUCCUCGUCAUGAUCUUGCUGCUUAGCUUCAUGCCCAACUCGCCUCGCUUCCUGCUCUCAAAGGGCCGGGAUGAGGAGGCACUGCAGGCGCUGACCUGGCUGCGAGCUGACUCGGAGGUCCACUGGGAGUUUGAGCAGAUCCAGGACAACGUGCGGAGACAGAGUAGCCGAGUGUCGUGGUCUGAGGCCCGGGACCCCCGUGUGUACCGGCCUAUUCUCAUCGCAGUCCUGAUGCGCUUUCUGCAGCAGCUGACGGGCAUCACUCCCAUCCUUGUGUACCUGCAGACCAUCUUCGACAGCACGUCAGUGGUGCUGCCCUCCCAGCAGGAUGCAGCCAUCGUGGGCGCUGUGAGGCUCGUGUCUGUGCUGAUUGCGGCCAUCACCAUGGACCUGGCCGGCCGCAAAGUCCUGCUCUAUGUGUCAGCAUCUGUCAUGUUUGUGGCCAAUCUGACGCUGGGGCUGUACAUCCACUUUGGCCCAAGGCCUCUGACCCCCAACAGCACUCUGGGACUGGAAAUCAUGACCUUGGAGGGCACAGAGCAGCCCCCAGCUACGUCCUUCAAUUAUAUCACUCUGAUACCCCUACUGGCCACCAUGCUCUUCAUUAUGGGCUAUGCCAUGGGCUGGGGGCCCAUCACCUGGCUCCUCAUGUCUGAGGUUCUGCCCCUGCGUGCCCGUGGUGUUGCCUCAGGGCUCUGUGUGCUGGUCAGCUGGCUUACAGCUUUCGUCCUCACCAACUACUUCUUGCUGGCAGUGAAUGCCUUCGGCCUCCAGGUGCCUUUCUUCUUCUUCUCGGCCAUCUGCGCGCUCAGCCUGCUCUUCACGGGCUGCUGCGUGCCUGAGACCAGGGGCCGCUCGCUGGAGCAGAUCGAGGCCUUCUUCCAAACCCGCAGGAUGUCCUUCAGGCCCUAGUCAGGGGCUUGGCUCUAAGGGACCACAUCACCCAGGCCAGGCCUUUGCGCUGGCCACAGAGUCACACCUGCAACCAGGAGCAGCAGCAUCCCUGCCAUCAGCCAGAAUGCAGAACACAUUUCCCCCUCCGGACAGGCAGUUCACCAACUAUGGGCUGGUAGGCCCCAGCUCAGGCAGCCUGCGGUGCUGUAAUACCUCAACUGAGACCUGCAGGGGGAGCAGGCAGCCCAGCCCCAGACUGAGCAAAGGCUGUGCCCAAGGACAAGGCUGUCGGGGGACCUGGGGCUUAGUUUCUCACUCCUACAAGGGACACUUCCCAUGCAGAGCCACGCUGAGAACAGAGAACAGGGCUGGAGGUGGCAAAGUGGCUCUGUACAGGGACAUCAUCACAUCAUGCUGUUCUGAUCAGCUGGCAUGGGAAGGACAGGGUCCUGCACCCACAGGGUCUGGAUACCUUGCGGGGAACACUGGGCUUCCAAAGGCCAGAAUACAGGACCCAUUCCAACCUUUGGAUACCUCUAGUCUGAAAACUGUUCACUGUUUUUCAAAAUAAAGGAAUUGGGUCUGCUGCCUCAGGGAGGAAAGGGGAACGGGAUCUAUUCCAGGAGCUCCCUACCCCAGCAGCCAGGGUACUCUGAACGUGAUCAUAGUGCAGAGAAAGCAGCAGCCACCGUGGGGUUGAACGCCAGCUCGCCCUUUACAGAUAGGCCACUCUGUGACCCUGUGAGCAGGCUCGGGCCAGGCUCAGUGCAGCAGGCGUAGACAGGGUCUCCCUGCCAAUCCCAGACACUGAAGACAGAAGGUGACAGGUAGACGGUGCAUACCAACUACAGCCUUGCUUUACUCCAAAUGGAAGCUAACCGAAAACAAACCAGGGGGUAGGUGGCAAAGGGAGCCACAGAAGACAGUCAGAUACAGGCAAUGGGGGGGGGGGGUCUAGUCUGGGCUAGAGAGUGCCUGUGUGUGCUCAGAAGCAAAGCAAGGGCUCCAGAGCCACCGUAAUUCCAGAACCUCAGGAUGUAAAUGACUGUCCCACUCUGGUCUGUAUCCCUCUCUCUACCUUUACCCCCCACCCCAUGCUUUCCCAGUACAAAAUCAAUUUCCUUAUCGGGGUCCAAUCUUAUCCACAGAUAUAGCCACUGUGUUUCAAUACCAGGGACAGAAGGCCUGGGCAGAAGUGACCUGAAUCUUAUGCCAAUACAAGUAACCAGAGGGGCAGGUAGGGCCUUUGCUCCUCCUGGGAGGUAGACAGGUCUUACUGUGAACAUGGGCCCUGACACACCCAAACAUACAUACACAGAGCCCUUGAAGCCCAUUCCUGGCUUGAGAAAAAUAGCCUCAGAUAAACCUUGAAGACACAUGCCCCGCCAAGCCACCUACACUGUGACAUCUCUGCUACUCUGAGGUUCACUGUGGCCAGGCUCUCUGAGAAACAACCGGAGCCCACAUAUCAAAGAGUCUCUAUCCAAAAUAGAAUGCCCACUAUUCCUGGCUCCAAAAUCUGAUGAACUAAAGAUUCCCCAGAGACUCAGCAACUCCUGGGCUGGGUCCCAUGGAGCAGGCCCAGCUGAAGUCCUAGUGCAGGAGGGAGGCAGGGCUUAGCAUUUCACGUCAUCUUCAGUCAGACCACCUAUAUGUGCCUAAUGUCUAGGGUCCCGCCCAUCUAAGCCACUAGUGCCAACAUCACAGGACAGUAGGAAAAGAUAACAGUGCAGAAGGAUGGGGACAACCAGGGUAUUUGCAGGAGGACUAGUUCCAGAGUAGCAGCUCUCCAUACCCUAGCCAUGCAGGCCUACUCACCAAGGUCUAGUACCUGAGGCAGGGCCAGCUCUGUGUGAGAGGGGACUUGAGUCUCUGCUCAGCUCUUCAAAGGCUACAGGAUGCCAGGGGCAGGUUGGGAGGAAUACCUGAGGUCAAUCCCUACAAAUAGUGAGCCUGCCAUCACUGAUAAAGAGGCUCUCACUGCGUAUUAGCAGGAGUACACGCUCCCAGCUCACACCACACACACAAACACACACUUCCUAGCACCAAAGCCUGAGCUGGGGGAGGGGCAGGACCUGGAUGUCAAGGCAAGGACCAUGGGAGAUGGAACAACAAGGUGUCUGGAAUAGCUUGGCCAAGGCACCAGGGGACUUCCACCCAGCCCUCUGGCCACUGCCAAGGCUGCUCUUCUGGCCAAGAAGCUGCUUCCUGGGAGCACUGUAGAUUCUCAAAGGACCAGCCAUCUCUCCUGCUCCAGGCAACAGUCGCUGGCCUCAGGACACUGCUGCAUUCAUCCUCUGCUCUGAGGACAGGUGCAUGGGGCAGAGCUGAAGCCUCACCUGCCAGCCAACUCGGCCCUGAAGUGGCAGGAGCCUGGAUGACUGGCCUCAGGCCUGGGAAGUGUGACCAGCGCAGGAAUCUGCACCAUAGGCUCAUAGGAGCAAGUUCAUCCCAUCCAUAUCCUAUGGCCCAGGUCUUCAGUACCAGUGGGGCAGGAGCUCCAGGCUGAGUAGGUCCAGAGAACAGGGUAGGCACAAGACGACUUGAGGCAUGAUGACUUGCAGGGACUCUUCUCCCAGGCCAUUUUACAUACUUGGUGCUCCGCCUUCUCCAGACAUCACACAGAACCCA